GCUGAAGACCGAAGGAGAUGGAGUGAUCUGGAGAGUUCUGAAACACUUAACUCUCUGCUGCAGGACGACGUCGUUCGGAGAGCAGGAUGCAUCGCUGGACGUAGGAGACCACACGCAUGAACCUGCUGAAGCACUGCGUUUCAUUUAUAUGAAACGCAGCGUUUGGGGAAUGCUGUGAUGCUUAUCACAUUUGCUUUUGUUAUGUCAUUUACUGUUAUUUUAUCUUUUAUUUCACAUGAGACAAUUUCCGUUAGAAUGUUAGCACUACAUGUAAGGAGGAGGGAAUGGAAGAACCAUUCGGACAAACUUUAUCAGAAUAUUCAGACUUGGAGGAAGGGUUGCCUCGAACAGACCCAUGGCUAUGAAUGAAUGAGCUUUCUUUUCCUUUCCAUUGCUUCUCAGUUUCCAUUCUAUAUUUUCCAUUGGUGUUGUCUUGGGUUCGGUAGUUACAGCUCUUGAAGUCCAGGGAGUACUUAACAUUUGGUAUCCAGAGCCUUCAUCCUGAUGGCAGAGAAUACACGCUCCAGGCAGCAGCAAGAGGCCCUCCAACGGCAGGUUGAGUUACAGGAAGAAGCCAUGCACGAGGUCAAUGGCAGGUUAGAUCAAAUAAAUGAAACAGUAAAUCAACUUAAUGAUAUGCUAAGAACAAUAAUACAACAUCAGAAUGAACAUGCCAAUAGACACCUCAUGGGUCGUGAGGAAGAACAGUUGGUUAAUAGGGGCUUAAACACGAGGGGGGUCCGUUUGGAUUUUCCCCACUUUGAGGGGGAUAACCCAGCGGGUUGGGUUUUUAAAGCUACACAAUAUUUUGAUUUUUAUCAGACACCUCCUGCUCAAAGGUUGUUAAUGGCCUCUCAUAACAUGACGGGCGAGGCUUUGGUUUGGUAUCAAGAUGGUGUUGAAUCAGGCCAAUUUACAUCAUGGGAAACCUUUGUGAGAUCCUUGUUAAUGCGUUUCGGACCAACGGCAUAUGAUGACCCUAUGGAGGCCCUCACACGCCUCAAACAAACCUCAUCAGUAGCUGCCUAUAAGUCACAGUUUGAGGCCUUGUCAAAUCGCUUAAGGGGUUUGUCCGAACAUCACAAGCUCAGUUGCUUUAUGAGCGGGUUAAGGGAUGAGAUCCGUUUACCUAUACGGAUGCUCAACCCCAUUAAUAUGGGCGCUGCUUUUGGCUUGGCCAAGAUACAAGAGGAAUACCUCUCAGCUGCAAGAAACACCCCCAGAUCUGGGUUUGCCCAAACUGGAAGUUUUCAAUCGUUUGGGCAACCGGUGGACACCACUUCUCGAAACUCUCGCUAUAUUACUCCCAAGAGAAGAAUCCAAUCAGCCGCAAUGGAUGAAAAGCGCCGGAAGGGCCUUUGCUAUCAUUGCGAUGAAAAAUGGAAUCCAACUCACGUAUGCAAAGCCCCAAGAGUUUACGUAAUGCAGGCUGAGGAGGGAGGCCAGGUAGAUGGGACGGGAGUGGAAGAAGAACAGGCGCUGGGUGUAACAGAGUUAGGGGGAACUUCAGCAACAGUACCACUGGAAACAGUGGAAAAAGAACCGGAGAUAUCACUCAAUGCCAUUUCUGGCACUCCGGGUAAUAAUACCAUGCGGCUCCUAGGAAGAAUCGGUCAAGCACAUGUGGUCAUUUUAAUCGAUUCAGGGAGCACUCAUAACUUUAUUGACACAUCAGUAGCAGAGAAGGCAAAGAUUGAGGUAGAUACAACCCACCAGCUGAAAGUUCGAAUAGCUAAUGGCGACAUCAUCCAAACUGAAGGUUACUGCAGUAGAGUGAGAACCAACCUGCAAGGUACACAAAUUAACCCUUCUUUUUAUGUUUUAUCUUUGGGAGGUUGUGACAUUGUCUUGGGAGUGAGUUGGUUGAUGACUUUGGGCCCUAUUAUUUGGGAUUUUUCCGCUUUAACAAUGCAUUUCGAAUAUAAGGGGAAGAAAAUCUGUUUGAAGGGGCUAAGCCCUUCCGGGUUAUCUUUGGAGGGGAGUCAUAAAGCCCUCUUACAAUCCUUAAGGCGUGGGAGGGGAAUAUUUUUACAGCUGGUAUGUAAUAUGCUGGAUAACCAGCCCAUUACAGUUCCUCAGGAGGUUCAGGAGAUUUUGGAUGAUUUUCAGCAAGUUUUUGCAACACCUAAAGGGUUACCCCCCUUUAGAGCUCAUGACCACAGAAUCAUCUUAAAAGAAGGCACUCAGCCUAUUUCAACCAGACCAUACCGCUACCCGCAUUAUCAAAAGGCCGAGAUAGAGAAAAUCAUUUCUGAAUUACUCUCUACUGGGGUAAUACGACCCAGUAACAGUCCUUUUUCAUCACCAGUUUUGUUAGUAAGGAAGGCGGAUGGUAGUUGGCGUCUUUGUGUGGAUUAUAGGGCAUUGAACAGGGAGACAGUUAAGGACAAGUUUCCCAUUCCUGUCAUUGACGAGUUAUUGGAUGAGUUAUAUGGUUCAAUAGUUUUUUCUAAGCUGGAUUUGCGCUCGGGUUAUCACCAAAUCCGAGUCACCCCGGAAGACGUAUCUAAGACAGCUUUUAGAACACAUGAGGGUCACUACGAGUUCCUCGUAAUGCCUUUUGGAUUGACCAAUGCCCCAUCCACGUUUCAGGGCCUUAUGAACACCAUAUUUCGUCCAUUUUUGAGGCAAUUUGUGCUUGUAUUUUUCGACGACAUUCUGAUUUAUAGCAGGUCAUGGAAGGAACACUUGGGUCACCUUCAUCAGGUUUUGGAGGUGCUGAACAACCACAAACUCUAUGCUAAUAUGUCAAAAUGCAGAUUUGGGUUACAGGAGAUUGACUACUUGGGGCAUGUUAUCAGUUCAGAAGGAGUUAAGGCUGAUGCUUCGAAAGUGGCAUCAAUGUUGGAUUGGCCAGCACCCACUACUCUGAAAUCCUUGCGUGGGUUUCUGGGCUUAACGGGCUAUUAUCGUAAGUUUAUCAAACACUAUGGCUUAAUUGCAGCCCCACUCACUCAGUUGCUUAAGAAGAAUGCAUUCCUAUGGACUGAAGAGGCCGAGAAGGCUUUUGGGGAGCUCAAAAAGGUUGUUUCCGAGCCCCCAGUCCUAAGGCUACCAGAUUUUUCACACCCUUUCACUAUUGAAUGUGAUGCAAGUGGAAAGGGUGUCGGUGCAGUUCUAAUGCAAUUCAACCAGCCCAUCGCCUUCAUGAGCAAGGUUUUAAAAGGCAAGGCCCUAUUGCUUUCCACCUAUGAGAAGGAAUUUUUCGCGGUGGUUACAGCAGUUCAGAAAUGGAGGCCUUAUUUAUUGGGCCAGUCCUUCAUCAUUAAGACAGACCAGCAGGCCUUGAAAUAUAUUCUGGAACAAAGAGUGGCAACGGUAACUCAGCAAAAGUGGCUCACCAAAUUACUCGGCUAUGACUUCACUAUUUCAUACAAGAAAGGAAAAGAGAAUAAGGUAGCCGACGCCCUGUCUCGAAAAAUGGAGGACCAGAUUAGCCCAGCGGGAGUGCUGGCCAUGAUUUCACUCCCUAACCCUGAAUGGAUUGAGGAUCUCAAAGCCAGUUAUAGAGACUCAGUGGAGAUGGUGGAUCUGAUUACCAGAAUUUAG